UUUUACUUUGUUUAAAUAGUACUUGUCAUUUACAUUGAAUUUAAAAACAGCUUUGAUAUAGUACCUAAAUAGUACUUUUCCAACUGUAUUUUCUGCCAAUAAAGUGCAGUAUCGGGUGAUGUACACUGUUCACGUAAGGUUGUUCUAAUAACAAUGAAUGAAUAAAAUUGAAGUAACCCCAAAUGAUGCAGUAACGUAUUUUUAUGAGAUUAAUUGAUAGUGAUAAUUGGAUUGAAAAUAACAAUCAUCAAGUGUAUUAUUAUACGUUCGUUGGCCAUUUUAUUUUAUUCGGACUUUGAUGAAUGACAGUAAGUUCUGCCUUGCUGCUCCUUAGUGUGUAUAAUAAUAUAAACGUUGUGAAUAAAAUAGUUCUAAGGAUUAUCCUUAUCAGUAUUAUCCUUAUAAACUGUCCAAAAACUACGAGUAUAAUUUAUUUGUAAUAAAUAGAGCAAAGAUGGUGAAGAUUUUGUACUUAGUGCCCAUUUUGUAUUGCAUAUCCUUAGUCUAUUAUGUGAACGGCUCUGAAAAUCGGAUCAAAACACCUCAAGGGACAGUACGAGGCUAUUAUAAAAGAUCUUUUGGAGGAAGACAGUUUUUAGCUUUUGAAGGAAUUCCGUAUGCAAAACCACCUGUCGGUAAUUUAAGAUUUGCUGAACCUGAGCCUGCUGAUAAGUGGACAGGACAAUUAAUUGGGAACAGGACAUAUGUUUGUUUAGCAUAUCUGCCUUUACCAGGAUUCAAAGGAAUCAUAGGAGCUGAAGAUUGUUUAUACUUAUACGUUUAUGUCCCACUUACAAAAAUUAAAGGAGAUGAAAACUUGGAUGUUGUCGUUCAUAUCCAUGGGGGCGCUUAUCAAUUUGGUGCUCCUUCAAUGAUGGCUAAUCCAGAUUUUAUAAUGGACCAGGAUGUGGUCUAUGUCUCCUUUAAUUAUCGUUUGUCAAUUUUAGGAUUUCUUAGCACUGAAGAUAACGUAGUAUCCGGUAACAAUGGCUUAAAAGAUCAAGUUUUAGCGCUAAAAUGGAUAAAGGAUAAUAUAAAAUUUUUUGGAGGAAAUCCAAAUUCUGUUACAAUUACUGGAAGUUCUGCAGGUGCAUCUAGCGUUCACCAUCAUUAUUUUUCUCCUUUAUCAAAAGGUUUAUUCCAUCGAGGAUUUUCCCAAAGUGGUACUGCGUUCUCUCCUUGGUCUAUCGUAGAAUAUCCGUUAAAAAAAGCAAACGAAGUUGCCGGAUAUCUUAAUUGUAGUAGUGAUUCUACCAAGGAUAUGGUAGAUUGUCUAAAGAAAGUUAGCUCUGUAGAUCUACUGAAUGCCAUGACAAAACUAUUUCGUUAUUUAGACGCUAUUCCACUGGUAAUUUUUGGACCUGUAAUAGAAAAUGGAGAAAACCCGUUUUUAGCUGACCAUCCUUAUAAAUUAAUUAAAAAAGGCAAAAUAAAUGAUGCACCGUGGGUAACUUCAAGUGUAAAAGACGAAGGAAUUUUUCCUACAGUCUUAUUUGUAAUGAACCAAGUUAUGUCUGUCUUUGAAGAAAAUUGGAAUGAUAUAAUAGUUUAUUUGUGUGAUCUAUAUGACACAGUCGAUGAAUCUGAUAAAGUUAAUGUGGCGAAAGCAAUGAGAAAUUAUUAUUACGGUAAAAAAGCGGUCACAGAAAACAAUCCAUAUCCUAUGGUUCGGUUAUUUGGUGACAGAAUGUUCUUCAACGGUGCCGAAACAUCACUUAGAUUGCAUUCAAAAGCUUCCAAUAGUCCUGUCUAUUAUUACUUCGACAAGUAUAUUCCAGCAGAUCCGAUUUUUCCUAUCUUUGGAAUGAAACGAGGCGUUGCCCAUGGUGAUGACGGAGGUUUAAUAUUUAAAGUUAUAAGUAGCGGACCAAUUUUAGACCCACAAGAUGAAAAAUUCAUGAAGCAUUUAACAAAAUUUGUAGCAGAUUAUGCUAAAACUGGCAAACCUUCUAUUAGUAACGUUGAAUGGUUGCCAGUGGAUCCCGAUAGUAAAGAAAUAAAUACUUUGGAAAUCGAUUCUCCAGAUAAAGUAUUCAUGACGAAAAUGGAGCAUAUAGGAGCUAUGGAAUUUUGGGAUAGCCUACCUAUAAAAGAAAAUGAAAAAUUAUAUCCUGAACUGCGUUAAAUGUGAAUAACUUUUUAUAUUAAAUUAGCAAUGCAA